CAAGAAAAUUGUUGGUGCCAAGGGUUGUGAAGAUACAGAAGUAAACUCAAAACAUAUUGAAGAUUUAGAGCUGCAUACAUCAAAGUUGUGUGUCAUGAAGAAAAGUAUUGAUUCCACUGCUGAUGUGCUGGACACCAGUCGUGUGGAAGAUGUGUUAUACGACAUUGUUUCUCUGCCAUCCACAUCCUCCCUUCACCACGACCAGCCUGUGACGUCCAAACUCAGGUUGAAGAAGACAGGUGAGAAGGCUGCCCAAACUCUCCCCCAUACCAAUGAUGAACUUAUUGCUGCUGAUGUUGAAGUGUUGCUCAACACUGAUGACAAACUUGCUGCAUUUCAUACAAAAGAUGAACUUGAUGAUAGCAUUAGCAAGUGUGCUUUAUCUCACUGCAGUCAUGUUGAUAAUGAUGUGAACAGUGCUGAUAAUGAUGUGAACAUUAACAAUUAGUAGAGAAGACAGGAUGCGAGUGAGACCCGAGCAAUUGUCGCUGCAGUGAGAACACUGGCAUGGAUGUUUCACUGGACGGCACGGAUGUUGAAAUUAAGAGAAUAUUUAACAAAAUCAACUCGUAAUUAACGAUGUUUUAACGUCAAUUGCCUGGAGGGAGCUCAUUUGUGGCAUAAUAAACGACGAGUCUCUGGGAGUGGCUUAGGCUAGUUUUGGCUGCGAUUAUCCUGUGCGGCAUUGUGUGCUGCGGCCUGAGCUCCGUGUGUGCCGCGCUGUGCGUUGCGGCGGUCGCCGGCCGCGAGAGCAGCCAAAUGACCGCACUUGUGGGCGCACGCAUAAUGCUCCUCGUCACGCUGCUGGGGGUGGCCUCGCUAGUGGCUCAGGGAGGUCAUCAUCAGCUCCUCUCGUUACUUGACUUAAUAAUAAUAAAGAUAUUA